CAUAUUUUUUGAAAAUAUCAAUACGUGUUCUAAUAAUAAACUACAGCUUAUUAAACGAUUAUGUUUCAUCACUUCCGUAAGCAUUUCUGUGAAAAAGAUAUAAUCAGAUAACAUUGUUGAUCUGUACAUCAAAAUGCUUUUUGAAGUUGAUUUUCAUUGUUUUAAUUCGAUAAGUUUGACACAAACAUCUUGAAAUACAGUGUAACAGUUUCAUUUUUGUAAGUCAAGGGAAUAUAAUUGAAGGAAAUAAAUAAAGUAGACCAUAUAAAUCACAUUGUGAACUAAAUAUCCAUGGACUAGAACGGAUUUGUUGGAAGAAUGGACUUUCCUACAACGUUUGAACGUCAUAGCACAUGUCCUUUGAUUGGUCAAGUUGAACGACAGGAUGAAUACUGUGACUUCACAGUCGAAUUUGGGACCUGGACAAAACGAUUUCAUCGUUGUGUCCUUGCUGGCAGUGGAUUUUUCGAAACUUUGUUUGGACAAAAAGAAUUCAUCGAACACCAAAAAGGUAGUGUCCAUAUUCACAUCGGAGACAAAGACACGCUUGAACAGGCAUUGAUGUUUCUAUACAACAAAUUUCCAGUGCUUAACAUGGACAACAUAUCUUUGAUGCUUGAAAUGGCAGAGUUUCUUUUAAUUCCGACUUUGAAGUCAUAUUGUGUUGAGUGGCUAAAUGAGUUGACAAUUACACGACACAUUGUUUGGAUUAUUCUAAGCUUAGAAUCGUUGUACGACUUUCAGGUAUAUUCAACAUGCCAGAAUUUGCCGCGGAUCGUCGGGAGAUGAUUUGGCAAACAGUAAUUAAUAUGAUUUUAUUGGUGUUCUGAAACAUCUCUCAUGUAGCAACAUAUCGUUAAAUCUCGUGCUUAUCAUCUUACAUAACUGAUAUAAACACGUUAAUUAAUUGCAUUUUCGUUCAAGUGUCGAAUAAUUAUUAUUGAAAUACUCGUACUUUUGGCUUUACGAUGAUGCAGAGAUGUCGUAGAACACCUGUUAAAAUACUUCGUCUGAACGUUUUUCGAACGAUUAAUGGCCAUCCGCGACGAAUGUUUGGCUAGCUUCAUCUCGCUGCAUAACGCAGCAUGUCUGAAUAAAUAUCUUAACAGUUUGGCAGUAUUUUACCUUCAUAAGUAUGAGUUGUAUAUAAGGAUUGAUUCUAAUUUUUUGUGCGUUCAUGCAGAAUGAACGUUCGGCCGCGAUUUUGCAUAUCCAUGGAAAAUCGAACAAGUCUUUUAUUACAACAAAAGGAACAAAACGUAAGAGCACUUGUCGCCCUUGUUUGUUAAACUUGGCGUUCCUUUUAUCAUCCGCAUAAUAAAUAGUCAAAACAUGAUUGGCAGAAAAAAUAAAUAAUCCAAGAUUAGUUUUAAUCAUUUGGUAGUUAUUGUAAUACAUAUGGUGGUAAUAAUGAUUUCUUUUGUUAUAUUCAUGUUUUAUCACGAAAAAUAACUCCUGUU